AUGUCCGAAAACGUUGAAACCCCAUCUAAGCAAGUGCAUGACUCUGCUUCAGACGCCGAGGGUGAAAUUGUCUCCGAUAUGGAGGGCCAGAUUGUUUCCGCUGAAACCCCCCAGACAGGUGACAAGAGGAAGCGCGGUCGCCCACGCAAGUACCCCGUCGGUUCUACCCCCGUCAAGCCAGAAUCCGAUGGCCCUAAGCGCGGUCGCGGACGUCCUAAGAAGAUCCUCACGGAAGCAGAUAUGGCUGCCGCUGCUGCGAAGAAAGAGGCAGCGGUAGACGAUGGACCCAAGAGAGCGCGCGGACGUCCUCGCAAGGAACCAGGCCUCGAGACGCCGAAAUCGGCAACAACAACCCCGAAAAAGAAGGACGGUCGGGGUAGGCCACGCAAGAGUCUGCCUGCUAAUGGCGCUGAUGAGCCAGAAUCGACACCCCAGCCCAAGAGCUCACAGGUUUCUAAGAAAGAUGAUGGUCGUUCCUACUGGUUGAUGAAGGCUGAGCCUGAUUCGCGUAUUGAAAAGGGAAAGGAUGUCAAGUUCUCCAUUGAUGACUUGGCCGCCGCGGAUAAGCCGGAGGCAUGGGAUGGUGUUCGCAAUGCUGUCGCCAGGAAUGUCAUGCGCAAUAUGAAGAAGGGAGACUACGCGUUUUUCUAUCACUCCAACUGCAAAACCCCUGGAGUGGUGGGAGUCAUGGAGAUUGUGCAGGAACACUCAGUUGAUGAAUCCGCAUUUGAUCCCGAGCACCCUUACUAUGAUUCCAAGGCUACACGUGAAAACCCCAAAUGGGUCGUCGUACAUGUUGAGUUCCGAUGCAAGCUCAAGAAGCAAGUCACUCUGGAUGAUUUGAAGGCCCAUUCCCAGCCUGGAAAAGCGCUGGAGAAUCUGCAGACCCUCAAGCAAUCACGUCUCAGUGUGUCUCAAGUUACCCCAGCUCAAUGGAGAUACAUUCUGGAGUUGGCGGGCGAGGACCCAGAGCAGCUUCUCAAGACGGAGUUUGCGGAUGAAAGCGAAUAA